CAGCCCGAGUCCACCUGACUGCCAUCGCUGUGCAGCACAUCGUUGAGGAAGACUCCUUGUCUGUGGCUGCCAGCAGUGCUCCCAAAGGCCUGGCUGUCUAUGGAUUUGAGGCUGAAAGUGAAGAGGAAACUUGGCUCGGUUCGUUCAUCUAUGAUGUGGCAAAAGAGUCCAUUCAGCCCUUCUCUCUGAAGGGAUGAUCUUCAGCCUCGCCUGCACACUGGCAGUCUGCCUGUGGAACUGGCUGCAACACACACACCCCUUUGCUAGGCUGAAGACAUCCCUGGAGAACCAGAGGUUCAAGGCAGCCCUGGAAAACAGGUUCUUGGUGCUGCUCGUAGUGCUUCUGGUUGGCAUUUACUGUGGGACUCUGCUGUCAGCGUGGAGGAUGCAGGCGAAGGCAGGCACAGAGGAAGAUGACAAGGGAGCACUGGAGAUGUCUUUUCAUGUCAACAUGAUGAAUUCUGACUGGGCCCUGAAAAGCUUGGGUGCCACCAUUGACAUGAAGAGAACUUCCCCCACCUACAGGUGCGGAUGGAAGUGGGGCUACAGUCUUUUGCUGAACAGAAGGUGCACUGAGGAUGAGCCUGACACCAUCUUGCAGAUGGAUGUCUCCCAGGGCAAGCGCUGGUGUUUCCCAGGGCAUUCUGGCCACGUUGUCAUCAGGCUGCCAGCCCGAGUCCACCUGACUGCCAUCGCUGUGCAGCACAUCGUUGAGGAAGACUCCUUGUCUGUGGCUGCCAGCAGUGCUCCCAAAGGCCUGGCUGUCUAUGGAUUUGAGGCUGAAAGUGAAGAGGAAACUUGGCUCGGUUCGUUCAUCUAUGAUGUGGCAAAAGAGUCCAUUCAGCCCUUCUCUCUGAAGGGAUGAUCUUCAGCCUCGCCUGCACACUGGCAGUCUGCCUGUGGAACUGGCUGCAACACACACACCCCUUUGCUAGG